AUGGAGAAGAGAGGAGGGAGUACCAGAGCAGGGGUUCUGAUUUGGACCCCUGCCCCAGACUACACCUCUCCCACCAGUCGGGCGGAUUCACCGGGGAGCUUGGAUGAAGGCAGGGAGGAAGACUUCCAGAGCCAGAUGGAUGAAAACGGUAUUAUUGGCCUUGGAGAGACUUGGCGCUUGGAGGAAGAGGAGGAGGCCCCUGAUGAAGAGUAUACCAUAGAUGCUGGAACUCCAGAGCCUGAAGAGAACCCCCCUUCUGCCCUGGAAGAGCUGAGUUACAACCUGAGUGAGCUGCUGGACUCAGAGCCUGUGUCUGAACCUACUGAAGAAGACUGCAAUCCUCCUUCCCACAAUCUUGAGCUGGAUGGCAAUGCUACUCUUAACAUGGAGAACUGGAGUGAGGAUGAGAAUGGAAAGGGGUCGUAUCAUGGUGAAGCUGAGGGGAGUGAGAAGAUAAAUAGACAGCAUGUGAUGUCAGUUCCAGAGAGGGACGGACUCUUAGACAUGACUGAGGAUGAGUUGGAGGAAGGGGAGGAGUUUGGAGAACCUCAGGGACAGACCAACAGGUCAAUUCCUAUCACUCAAGCAUCGACUGGACGUGACUGGUUGGAGCAGUAUGAUCUCAAACAUGAUGGAGUGGGAGGGGGGCCUGUGACUGACCUUUUGACCUCAGAGAUGAGGCAGAUGCAUACACAGGGUAGUGUCCGUGAUUCAGUCGGGUUGGAGAGAAGUGUCACCCCUCGGUCUCCUUGCUCGCCUCGUUCACUUCACCUCUCCACUGCUCCCUCCAUCAAUCGCCUUCCCUCUCACCUCUCCACAGAGGAGCUGGAUGAUAACCCUGGCAUUGAAGCUGAGACACUUCCAGAGCCAGCUUUCACCGAGAGCCUACCAGAAUCACGCAGCAGCCAACACAGCCACACCCCCAGACGCCACUGGACUAUUGAGUUUGAGGGGGAGGAGUCAAUGCAGAAAAGCACUCCCUUAUUUGUAUGCAAAAGUCUCGGGCAUAAAGGGCCAAACAGUAGGAAGGGACAGUUGAAUUACCCCUUACCAGAUUUCUCCAAAGUUGAGCCCAGAGUUCGCUUUCCUAAAAAUGGCUACAAACCCCCUAAAAGCAAGAAGAGUGCUUGCAGUAGAGGCAUGAUUGCAGAAGCUCCUGUAGUUUUUAAAUCACCUGCGGAUAUAGUGAGGGAGGUUCUGCAGAGCAGCUCGGACAGGCCCACAGAGCACUCCACUCUAAAUGACAGCCACAGGUCUGUCAGCAGCACAGUGCCACAGGAGUUCCGCUGCCCACAGCAUGCCAGCGCACUGGUACAACAGCUCCAGGAAGACUACAGGAGAUUGCUCACCAAAUAUGCAGAAGCUGAGAAUACCAUUGACCGCCUGCGCCUAGAGGCCAAGGUGGGAUUGUAUUCAGAUCCUCCAAAACCAUGUCCCUCUGCUGUAUCAGGUGUGGUCCAGGAGGGAUCAAAGGUCAUGAUCUUAAACUUUCCCCAGGCUCAAAGGGCAGAGCUCAGCACAGGCACCUCUCAUUUAACGCAACAAACACCUAACCAAGAUAAGAGUGGGGAUCCCACAUGCCCAGCUUCUGUGGAUCCCGUCUCAUCCAGGCCAAAGGAUGCUGGAGGCAGAGAGCGACUGACUGAGUUACUUUAUAAGCAGGCAGAGAGAUUUCUUCUGCAGGUUGAUGCUUUUGAGGUUCUCCUGAAGAAAGGAAAACUCAAACCCUUUGAGCAGAUAAAGGGUCUCUCCCGUCUGGCUCAGGGGCAGGACUCUCUGGAGCGAGGCUACCUGAUGGCACGGGAAGAACACAGGCUCCUGCAACGGCACGGAGCCAGUCCAGAUCUGUUUGACCCAGACAGGGAACUAGAAGGUCAGAUUUUUCGCUCAGGGAUGCGAUUAGAGGAGCUGAAGGAGUGGGUGGAGCAGUUGGAGCAGAGUCGGCCCACCCCAGAGCCCCCACCAACCCCAGCUCCUCACCCUGUCCCUCUCUCCUCGCCCCUGAAGGAUACCGACACCCUCCCAGAGAGUCCAUUGCCUGCAGUGUGUGCAGAGCCAGGGGUUGGCAUCGGCGUGCAGCUUGAGGUGAGCUCUGUCAGCGGUGAGAGCAGUGGAGAUGGGCAGAGGGAUGAGGAAGAGGAGGCAUUGCCGUCUCUGCUCCCCCGUUCACUGCACCUCAAACAUCAGCGUGUGGAGAGGGACUACAGCAACCUGCUAGACCACUAUGAGAGUUUUAAGGAGCUGCCUAAGUUUCUGGAUGUGGAUCAGAGUGAGAGGAUCCAUGACUCGUCGGAAUUGGAUGGAUCUCCACUUCCCAGGAAUGACUGGACAGUUCAGGGGCUGCACUUGACGACUGAGAGUGAAGAAAGCUCAGGAAACCCUGGUCAGCAGCAGCCAAUACUGAACCAGGCCUCUCCCUCAAGUCCAUCUGUCAGGCCACAGGUGUGUAACUCUAUGGAAACUCUCCCAGAAGCCCUCCCCCAGCCAUCUGUGUUACCAGGGAAACGGAGCAGUCAGAGCAAAGCAGCAGGGAUCAGGAAGUCCCACAGCAGCAGUCUAACCAGCCUGGGAGAAAGUACAGUCAGUGAUAAGAGACCCUGCAAAGCUCAAGCUAAAACUGUGGGAACAGCCCCAAUGGACGGGGUUAUCUCUCCAGAGACGGACAGUGGCUUUGUGGGCUCAGAGAGCAGUCGUCUGACUCCAGCAACACGCAGUCCGCUCCGGCAGAGGGCAGGACAGAGAUCAGUAAGAAAGACAGAGAAAGGAGAAGGAAAGCCUCCACCCAGUCCCUCUGCCACUGUUUCCCCUCAGCGCUGGGCCAGUGAAACCCUGCAGCCAUGGCCUAGCGGUAUGAUCAGUGAGAUGGAGCAGGAGAGUGAACAUGAACACUCUUUAUCAGAGGUAGAAGAUCCACAAAGUGACCGGUACACACAGUUGGCCAAUCAGAAUCUCCAGUAUCAGGGAAACUCCUCCCCCACUGCACCCUAUCACCAUGGUGACCACCUCAAAGCCCAAAGUUCUGGCCAGCUGACAAAUCACCAUGAGGCCCUCCAGUCUCUGCAGCAGGAAGUGAACAGACUGAGGGAGUGCUUAGAAAGAACUCUAAGACACACCAGCUUACCAGGCCCCAUUGAAACACCGUCUACUUUGCCAGUAGUAUCUCGACUUCACAAACAGCCUCAGAGUUCCACACCUCUUCGGUCUCCGCUACGCACUGGAGAGAAGGAGAGGUACGGUAGGAGAGAAAUGAGCAGAGAGGAGAAUCAGAGGAGCGAGAGUACCCCUAGGCCAAGUCCUAGAAGAAGAUCAGCCUCAGUCCCUCGACUACCCCCUCAAGUACACAUCACAACAGAUUCUGAGCAUGACCAGUCUGAAUGCAAACCACAGACCUCAAGAGGUAUUCCAGUGUCCUUUACGACAACACGAGGACGAAGGAAAACGAGGGGCGAUCCUGGGAGACAGAGAAGUGUCCCUGCAUCUGCGCCCCCUCCAGGACUGGACGGCGUGCCUGUGCUCCAGUGUGUGCCACUUUAUUCUCCAGUUCUGUGUUUCUCCAGCCCUGUGGCGACUUCUUCCUACUCACAACCGCUCUACCUCUCCUUUAACGAGGACAGGGCCUCAGCAGCCAGAGGUCAUCACGGGCGUUGGCGCUCUCUUUCUGUGGACCGACGUUCUCUGAACAGCUCGCUGCAGCGAGCCAUAGCUGCGGCCAGCAGCAUGAGGGAGUCCUCUCAUCGCAUGGCCCGAUCCCUGGCCUCUGGUCUGCACCAGCAGAACCUGCUCACCCAGUCCUGUACCUACUGA